AUGGCUUCGUCUAAUCCCGAGCAACAGACCCUUGUUUUCCAGACCGGGGAUGGCCAGGCCUUCAACGUGACUCUUCCGGAGCUCGAGGAGUUCGUCCAGUACAACAUCAAGUCCUGCAUCGACUAUGGGACCCAGUUAGGCGCAACAGCUGUGCUUUUUGUGAUUCUGAUCCUUUUGACUCGACGUGAUAAGCGUCGCUCGGCGAUCUUCAUUCUCAAUGGACUAGCACUGCUCUUCAACUUCCUUCGCUUGCUCUUCCAGUGCAUCCAUUUCACAACCGGGUUCGAGAGAAUCUACCCGUAUUUCUCAUUUGAUUAUUCCGGGGUUGAUACUGCAGCAUACGCAAUUUCAAUCGUUGCGACUGUCUUUGAAACCCUCGUUGUUGUGUGUUUCGAGAGUUCGCUGGUGUUCCAAGUCCAUGUGGUGUGCGCUACCUUGCGUCGUCGAUAUCGUCGGGUCCUAUUUGUACUUUCCAUACUGAUGGCCCUGUUAGCAGUCGGGUUCCGCAUGGCCUUCAUGGUCAUGAAUGACAUUGAGAUUAUCAACCUCUCGUCCUUCAGUGGAAUUCAGUGGCUGGAAAGCGCUUCAACGAUUGUCAUCACAAUCAGCAUCUGCUUCUUCUGCACCGUUUUCGUCACAAAGCUGGGCUUUGCAAUCCGACAGCGAACUCGGCUCGGGAUCCGAGACUUUGGUCCCAUGAAAGCUAUUUUCGUCUGUGGAUGUCAGACUCUCGUUGUUCCGACUAUAUUCACCAUCGUUCAAUACUUCACGGUCACUCCCGAAUUGUCAUCAAAUGUCCUUACUCUCGUUGCAAUCUCUCUUCCACUGUCGUCCAUCUGGGCUGGUGCCACUCUUGAAUCUCGCCGUGUUGAAUCGGUUCCUGCACGUCGCCAGAACCUCUGGCAAGCACUUGCCCUUAAUGGAGACAGCCUUCACCAGACCAAGCAAACUGUGACGCAAAUGACUGGCAGCACCGCCGCACAGACAUUGUGUUAUGUGGAUCCAAUUGGAUCCAAGCAAUCUCAUGACUCUGACAUCCCUCUCGGAAUCUCUGUGGAACAUGAUAUCUCCGUUAGUAGUGUUCAUCGAAAUGAUUCAUUUGUUUGA